GAGUCCCUCUGGGAAGCCUGCGAGAGGCAAGAGGCACCAAAUACAGGAAAUCGUGUGGAGAGGAUUCCUCAUUUAUUACAGUCCCCAGAUUGCUUCCCUUCCCCAGCCUCCGCCUCCACCUCCACGGUGCCUCCCAGUUUCUUCCUGCACUGAGGAACAGCCCACAGUUCACCUCUGGCCCGGAGGUCUGGAAGCCCAGUGUGAGCCCGGGAGUCUCUAAAGUCUGAUCUACCGAAACUCUGCCCUCCUCGGGUUGCCUGAAUGAAUGGGACACCUUUAAGUUUCGCCUCACCUCAGAGGUCUGCGGGGAGAUCGUCCACACAGAAGUAAAUCUGAGGAGGCUGCCCACUGCUGAAGAGAAAGGUAGGCAAAGCCACUCAGACCUGAAGACAUGAGAUCGCCAAGGACCUUCACGGUCUACUUCCUGCUUCUUGUGAUUUGUUCUUCAGAAGCUUCUCUGAGCACACCAACAGAGCCCAUUGUUCAUCCUUCAAUUCUCCAAGAACAUGAGCUAGCCGGGGAAGAGCUACUGAGGCCAAAAAGAGCAGCUGCAGCGGGUGAUUACAUGGCGGAAGAAUACAUGGUGGAUAUUGAGAUCAGCUUUGAAAAUGUCUCCUUCCUGGAGUCCAUCAGAGCUCACUUGAACAGCCUCAGUUUUCCAAUUCAAGGGACCGACGCUGACAUUUUGAACAUAGCAAUGACUACAGUCUGCACUCCUGCUGGAAAUGACCUCUUGUGCUUCUGUGAGAAAGGCUACCAGUGGUCUGAGGAAAGGUGUCUCCACUCUCUCACUUGUCAAGACUAUGACAGUGCCCUGCCAGGCGGCUACUGCAGUUGUCUGAAAGGACUUCCUCCCCAGGGACCUUUCUGCCAGCUCCCAGAAGCAUUCAUUACCUUAAAACUCAAAGUCAGACUGAACAUAGGAUUUCAAGAAGACCUAAAGAACACGUCUUCUGCCCUUUAUAGGUCCUACAAGACGGAUCUGGAAAGAGCGUUCCGAGCGGGUUACAGAACUUUACCAGGAUUCAGAUCGGUGACUGUGACACAGUUCACCAAGGGCAGCGUGGUUGUGAACUACGAAGUCCGGGUUACAUCGGCACCACUGCCUGGAUCAAUUCAUAAAGCCAAUGAACAAGUCAUACAGAACCUCAACCAAACUUACAAAAUGGACUACAACUCCUUCCAGGGAACCCCGAGCAAUGAGACGAAAUUCACUGUCAUACCAGAAUUCAUCUUUGAGGGAGACAAUGUGACUCUGGAGUGUGAAACUGAGUUCGUGACCUCCAACACGUCCUGGUACUAUGGAGAAAAGCGCUCUGACAUCCAGAACAGCGACAAAUACUCCAUUCACACCACUGUCAUCAACAAUAUAAGCCUGAUCACCCGCCUUACCAUUUACAACUUCACACAGCAUGAUGCGGGCAUGUAUGGUUGCAAUGUGACAUUGGAUAUUUUUGAAUAUGGAACAGUCAGAAAAUUAGAUGUCACUCCCAUCCGGAUUUUGGCCAAGGAGGAGAGAAAGGUGGUGUGCGACAACCAUCCUAUAUCGCUGAACUGCUGCAGCGAGAAUAUUGCAAACUGGAGCAGUAUUGAAUGGAAACAGGAAGGGAAGAUAAGCAUUCUAGGGAACCCAGAAUCAGACCUAGAGUCUAGCUGCAGCACUUACACGCUCAAGGCAGAUGGAACCCAGUGUCCCAGUGGGUCUUCUGGAACAACAGUCAUCUACACAUGUGAGUUCGUCAGUGCCUAUGGAGCCAGAGGCAGUAAGAACAUAGCUGUGACCUUCACCUCUGUAGGAGAUAAUGCCAGCUACAAAGGGGAAGUGCCCGAGGUCCUAAGGCAUGUGAUGGAAGUGAGUACAGUUCAGAGCACCACCGGGAACAGCCUAGAAACAAGUAAACCCCAGGAGCAGCAAGCCAACCUAACAAUAACCCGGGACCCAAUUUCUGUUUCUGAGGGACAAAGCUUUUCUAUAACCUGCCUCAGCGAUGUGAGUAGCUUUGAUGAGGUGUACUGGAACACCUCAGCUGGUAUUAAAAUCCAUCCAAGGUUUUAUACCAUGAGGAGGUAUCAGGAUGGAGCAGAGUCGGUGCUGAUGGUGAAGACCUCCACCCGAGAGUGGAACGGAACCUACCACUGCAUAUUUAGAUAUAAGAAUUCAUACAGCAUUGCCACCAAAGAUGUCACUGUUCACCCGCUGCCUCUGGCGUCAGACAUCAUGAUGGACCCUUUGGAAGCCAGUGGUCUGUGUACCAGUUCCCAUCAAUUCAAAUGCUGCGUAGAAGAGGAUGCAGGGGAAAAGUAUGCUGUGACUUUCCACGUGGACUCCUCAUCCUUUCCCGCUGAAAGAGAAGUUAUCGGCAAGCAAGCAUGCUACAAAUACAGUCUCCCAGCGAACUUACCUCGAUGUCCCAAAGACAUCGCAGUGUUCUGCCACUUCACGAAUGCAGCCAACAGCUCAGUCCAGAGCCCAUCUAUGAAGCUCAAACUUAUUCCAAGGGAGAAUAUCACAUGCCAGGAUCCCAUCAUCGGCAUUGGGGAGCCUGGGAAAGUCAUUCAGAAGCUGUGCCAGUUCUCAGGUGUUUACGGAAGCUCUGGACAGACCAUCGGCGGGACUGUCACUUACAAAUGUGUGGGCUCCCAGUGGAAGGAGGAGUCAAGGGCCUGCAUCUCAGCUCCAAUCAAUGGUUUGCUCCAGGUGGCCAAGGCUUUGAUCAAGAGCCCCACCCAGGACCAGAAGCUCCCUACAUACCUGAGGGACCUUUCUGUUAGUGCUGGGAAGGAAGAACAAGACAUCCGCUCAUCUCCAGGAAGCCUGGGAGCCAUCAUCAGCAUCCUUGAUUUGCUCUCAACGGUUCCCACCCAAGUGAAUUCAGAAAUGAUGAGAGACAUCCUUGCUACCGUUAACGUCAUCUUAGACAAGUCUGCCUUGAACUCCUGGGAGAAGUUGCUACAGCAACAGAGCAAUCAGAGUUCUCAGUUCCUGCACUCCGUGGAAAGGUUUUCCCAAGCCCUCCAGCUGGGAGACAGCACUCCUCCAUUCCUCGCCCACCCUAACGUUCAGAUGAAGAGCAUGGUGAUAAAACGUGGCCACCCCCAAAUCUACCAACAGCAGUUUAUCUUCAAAGACUCUGACCUGUGGGGUGACGUAGCCAUUGAUGAGUGUCAGCUGGGAAACUUGCAGCCUGAUUCAUCGAUCGUUACUGUGGCUUUCCCAACCCUCAAAGCCAUCCUUGCCCAGGAUGUACAGAGAAAGACAUCCUCCAGCAGCUUAGUAAUGACAACCACUGUCAGCCAUAACAUUGUCAAGCCAUUCAGGAUUUCUAUGACUUUUAAGAACAACCAUCGUUCGGGUGGCAAGCCACAGUGUGUCUUCUGGAACUUCAGUCUUGCCAACAAUACAGGGGGCUGGGACAGCAGUGGGUGCUCUGUGGAAGACGAUGGUAGGGACAAUAGGGACACAGUCUUCUGCAAGUGUGACCACCUGACGUCAUUCUCCAUCCUCAUGUCCCCAGACUCCCCAGAUCCAGGGUCUCUUUUAAAAAUACUUCUGGAUAUCAUUUCUUACAUUGGGUUGGGGUUUUCCAUAGUCAGCUUAGCUGCCUGUCUAGUUGUGGAAGCCAUGGUGUGGAAAUCUGUGACCAAGAACCGAACUUCCUAUAUGCGCCACAUCUGCAUCGUCAACAUCGCCUUUUGCCUUCUGGUUGCUGACAUCUGGUUCAUUGUGGCUGGCGCGAUCCACGACGGUCGCUACCCACUCAACGAAACAGCCUGUGUGGCCGCCACGUUCUUCAUUCACUUCUUCUACCUCAGCGUCUUCUUCUGGAUGCUAACUCUAGGCCUCAUGCUCUUCUAUCGGCUGAUUUUCAUUCUACACGAUGCAAGCAAGUCCACUCAGAAAGCCAUCGCCUUUUCUCUAGGCUACGGCUGUCCCCUCAUUAUCUCCUCUAUCACAGUGGGGGUUACGCAGCCACAGGAAGUCUACAUGAGGAAGAACGCGUGUUGGCUCAACUGGGAGGACACCAGAGCGCUGCUGGCUUUUGCCAUCCCCGCGUUGAUUAUUGUGGUGGUAAAUGUGAGCAUCACAGUUGUGGUCAUCACCAAGAUCCUGAGGCCCUCCAUUGGGGACAAGCCAGGCAAGCAAGAGAAGAGCAGCCUAUUCCAGAUCAGCAAGAGUAUCGGGGUCCUCACACCACUCUUGGGGCUCACUUGGGGUUUUGGUCUUGCCACAGUGAUCCAGGGGAGCAAUGCUGUGUUCCACAUCAUAUUUACUCUCCUCAAUGCCUUCCAGGGGCUCUUCAUUUUGCUCUUCGGCUGCCUCUGGGAUCAGAAGGUGCAGGAAGCUUUGCUGCAUAAGUUUUCAUUGUCAAGGUGGUCUUCUCAACACUCAAAGUCAACAUCCAUAGGUUCGUCGACACCCGUGUUUUCGAUGAGUUCUCCGAUAUCCCGAAGAUUUAAUAAUCUUUUUGGUAAAACAGGAACAUAUAACGUUUCCACCCCAGAGACAACCAGUUCAUCCCUGGAAAAUUCCUCUAGUGCUUACUCACUGCUCAACUAGGACCAGACAAAGCCAAAUCCACAGGACCUCUCCGAAACAGGGUCUGUGGCAAGAAAAGAGACCCAUCCAAAUCUAUGGGUAACAUACUCUCUCUGCAGACUUCUGGGAGCAGAUGCUGAAGAGACUCUUUCAAUAGAGAAGAUGCUUUCUUUUGUAAAGACAGACUAAAAGCAAAGGCCAUGUUUAUUUUUGCUCCCAGCCCUAUCCCAUGUGUAAUGCCAAAUAUGUAUAGUAUUUAAAAGAACCCCCCCCCAAGGCUCAACUUUUCUUUAUGUAUUGUAAAAUAGAAUUUUGAGGAGAUUUUUAUACCCCCACCUCCCAAACACACACUCACACUAUUGGCUACAAAGAUAAGAGUUGAUUGAAACAGGAAGUAAAAGGCUAGUAUUCAGGAGUUCAGUGACUUCAAGGAAGGAAAGAAAGAUGGAGGGAAUGAGGGAGAGAAGCAGGAAAGAGGAAAGAUGAUAGAAUGGAAGGAAGG